AUGGCAGUGGGAGGAUACCGACACGGCGAUGUGGUCCAACAUGGUUUUGUUGAUCGCAAAUCAGUAGUGAUUGGUGUCAGGCCAGAUGAUGAAGGAGUUCCACACCUUUGGAUGCACAGAGAUGGUGCUGCGGGUGCAAGUAUUUUCAGAGAGAUGGAGUUGCUUCGCAUGACCUCAACGGUGGUGGGAAGGAAGACAGUGGCUGAGUUUGAAGAGCCUGAGCGAGACUUCAGUCCAGAGUUCAUUGCAGGCUUGCAGUUUACCUUCAACUAUCCAAUGGGAUUGCGCGGUCGAUCACGACCUGGGCUCUUCGAUAUCCGGGACGAAGUGUGCCUUGCGGUUGGUGGCUUCAAACAUGGCGAUCGAAUCAAGUGGGGUCGGACGGAGCUGGCGGUUGUCGGGGUGAUGCUUGAGAAGGGCUUGCCGGAAAUGCAUUUUCAGAUAGUGAAGCCCAAAUCGAGGGUAGGCGCUGGAAUGUUCAGAAAUUUUCACUUGAUGAAGCAGCAUGUGAAACUUGUCGGCUCCCAGACUUUAGAGGAAGUUGUGCUGGAUGAUUCUGACCCGACUGGCAUGUCGCCCACAAGAUGUUCUUCAACUGAUUCAAGUGAGCCAGAAAUGGAUUCGGAGAGCAGCUCAGAGAGUGAAAGCCAGAGGGCGCCGAGCAGGAAGAUGUCAAGGCAGGCCUCAGAAGCAUCAGAAGCUGCACACAAUGGUGGCAAAGAUGGAUCUGCACGGGCACUUGUCCUUCGCUUGUCCCAUUCCAACAGCCAAGUGAAAAAUGUCUUGCUGACGUCAAAGGAGCUGGAUGAUUGCCGAAGAGACGUGGCCGAGGAUGGCUGUGAGGUGACUCCAGAAUGGGCAAAUGGAGCCAUUUUGCUUGUUCCCUUGACGCAGGAGCAGGCAAGACAAGCUCGCUUGGAGCUUCGUUCGCACCACGUGGUCAUCUUCCCCGGAGACAAGGGUCGCUUGCUUAACGCUUUAGGAGCCCUUCCGUGCAGGCAGCGGCCCAGAAUUCGUGGUGACGAAGAGUAUGAUCUUGCGGCCUCAGCGGCCCGUGAGGCUACUGAAGAUGUCCAAGCACAUAUGGCAGAGGGCUUGGAGGAAGGUUUGGUCCUUCGCGUGGAUCGCACAUUCUGGACGUUUGUGGCCCCAGCGUCUGAGUUCUCAGUUAAUGAGUCGGCGCCUUGCGGGGACGGCGAAAGUCGGCAGCCCCGCAACCCGCGCCAAGUUGCAUGA